AUGUGCGCAUGUCUAAUAUAUCUGUUGACGGUCACUGUUCUCGCCGUUCUCGCCCAGGAAAGAUGUCCGCCCAUCUUCGGGGAAACGGAAUGCCCACUCAAGUACAAAUGUGAGUUGAGUACUUGUAAGGAUGAGAAGGGAGUUCCACCGCCACCUGAUUGUUCAAAGGUGAGUUUCGAAGGCCUCAGGGAGUCAGUCAGAGCUGAAAUUGUGGAAGAAAUGAAACAAGAAGUGGCGCAACAAUCCGUCGAAUCUCACCAACCCUUCAAUCAUACCUUUCAGAUAACCUGUGGUCCUGAUGCUCGUUGUUUCGAAGGCAGAUGUUGGCCAGUCGAAGGCCUGCCAUGUGGCCGGAAUGUACUUGUGGCCGAGAAUACGGCUAGAUCCAUUAUCAGUUCUUGUGGACGGCGAGGAGUGUGUCUGAAUGGAAGGUGCACAAUUGAUAGUAGGUCUCAUUAACGCAUUCAUGCCUUGCCUUAGAAUGUGCUGAGGUUCUCUGCAAUGACGGAGAAUUAUGCCGUGACGGGAAAUGUGUGAAGAUAAUGGGUAGUUUCUGUUUAUCAGUAUUCGAUUGUGGCCCUGACCUUGGAAUGGAAUGCACUCGAAACCAAUGUGUCCGAUCCGAUGCCAUGGUGGGAGCUGAAGGGUUAUCUAAAAUCGAUUGUGAUCCUGAUGAAUCCUUCUCUGGCCAUGAAUGUGUGAAGAAAAGAGGUAAUCAGUUUACGCUUUCACUGCAACAGUCACGUCAUUAUUCAGGGUGUGAAGAGAUCGUCUGUGAAUCCGGGUUCUCCUGUUCCAAUGGGGCAUGUGUUCCAAUGUUGGGAGCCGAUUGUAGUCAAAACAAAUGCCCUCAGGGCUUGGUGUGCAAGAAAAACAUAUGCGUUGAAGACCAAUGCAAGGACAAAUGCCCUCAUGAACAUGCUUGUGUCAACGGAGAAUGCCGUCAUCUCCAAGGAGUGCUCUGUCGAGAAACCUGCCCGCAGCCGUUCCUUUGUAUCAACGGACAAUGUGCUAAAAAUGGUGAUAAUAAUCAAUCGAUUAUUAUACUGUAUUUACAGAGUGUGCCCGGAAAGUGUGCCAGUUGGGUGAACGAUGUGAGAAUGGUCUUUGCAUACGGAUCGAAGGGAAUCUAUGCUCGAAUCCGAUGAGAGAUUGCGGGGAAUCUUUCGAUUGCUUCAAAUCAGCAUGCAGAGACAAGAUACACCCGAUUGCUGGUAGUACAAUGCCAGAUACUGUAGCUUAA